CAAUCCAACAAUUUACCUCUCUCGCUACACUAUCCUGCGCCAAGUGCGCAUCGGACACGGAAAACACCUCGUUAAACGGCUACUAUCGAAGCACCUCACCUAGGCGCAUAAUAGUGCAGUUUAUGGCGGGAAACACGUCAACAGUUUAAAAACCGCUCACUUUCCGAAUUCACUAAAUGCGCUUCCCCGCUAUCUCGCACCCGACGACGAUGGCACCAUCCGGAUCGAACUCUCUGAUUUGGUUCAGGAAGGGGCUCCGCAUUCACGACAACCCGGCGCUGGAAUACGCGGCCAAGGGAUCGACCGCUUUGUACCCAGUUUUCGUGAUCGAUCCGCGCUACAUGGAGCCCGACCCCAGCGCCUUUUCCCCCGGGUCGAAUCGGGCCGGGUUGAACCGGAUCAGGUUCCUGCUCGAGAGUCUGGCGGAUCUCGACCUUAAUCUUAAGAAACUAGGAUCGCGCUUGCUGGUGCUCAAGGGUGAGCCCACCGACAUCUUGUUUCGCUGCUUGAGUGAGUGGAGCAUAAAGAGGCUGUGUUUUGAGUUUGACACUGAGCCGUAUUAUCAGAGUUUGGAUGACAAAGUCAGAAAAUAUGCUACUGCUGCUGGUAUAGAGAUUUACUCUCCUGUGAGUCAUACACUCUUCAAUCCUGCAGAUAUCAUAGAGAAGAACGGUGGAAAGCCACCUUUGACUUAUCAGUCUUUUGUCAAGCUAGCUGGGGAGCCCUCUUGGACCUCAUCUACACUUGUUAGUGAUCUAAACCGGCUCCCAUCAGUUGGAAAUGUGGGGAAUUGCCCCAUCAUUGAAGUCCCAUCAAUCAAGGAGCUUGGCUAUGAGGACACACCAGAGGAUGAAAAUACCCCCUUUAAGGGUGGAGAAUCAGAGGGAUUGAGAAGGUUGAAAGCUUCUAUGGAAAACAAGGAGUGGGUUGCUAAUUUUGAGAAACCCAAGGGUGAUCCAUCUUCAUUUAUAAAACCAGCAACAACUGUUUUAUCACCCUACUUGAAAUUUGGCUGUCUUUCUUCCAGGUACUUUUACCAAUGUAUACAAGAGGUUCAGAGAAAUUGCAAAAAGCACACAUCUCCCCCAGUUUCCCUUCUUGGACAGCUGUUAUGGCGAGAUUUCUUCUACACGGUUGCCUUUGGUACUCCUAAUUUCGAUCAAAUGAAGGACAAUAAAAUUUGCAAACAGAUACCAUGGAAAAAUGACGAUGAACUGCUGGCUGCUUGGAGAGAUGCCAGGACCGGAUUUCCUUGGAUUGAUUCCAUAAUGAUGCAGCUUAGGAAGUGGGGCUGGAUGCACCAUCUUGCCCGACACUGUGUUGCUUGUUUCCUUACCCGUGGAGAUCUGUUUGUGCAUUGGGAAAAAGGACGUGAUGUUUUCGAAAGGCUUCUUAUUGAUUCGGACUGGGCAAUCAAUAACGCCAACUGGAUGUGGUUAUCCUGCUCAUCAUUCUUUUAUCAGUAUAACCGUAUAUAUUCUCCUAUUUCUUUCGGGAAAAAGUAUGACCCUAAUGGAAAUUAUAUCAGGCAUUUUCUCCCGAUACUAAAAGACAUGCCUAAGGAGUAUAUCUAUGAGCCAUGGACAGCUCCUAUGAGCAUACAAGUGAAAGCAAAAUGCAUAAUUGGAAAGGAUUAUCCAAAGCCAGUGGUAGACCAUAAUCUUGCUAGUAAAGAAUGCAAAGAGAUAUUAUAUGAAGCAUAUGAGUUAAACAAAAGGCUUAAGGGGAACUUGAGUGGAGAAGAUCUUAAGAAUCUGAGGAAUAAACAUGAGGAAGACAAGAGGCCGUCCAAAUCCAAAAGGCUAAAACAGACCACCAUUGACUAAGAGGUUCAAUCUGUCCUUAAAUUGGAGUAUUUACUUUAGAAUAUCUUGUAUGUCUGUAAUCUUGAAGCAGAGGAGAGACUAGAGACUAGAGAGAUAUAUGUGUAGUUCCAUAUGGUGAUAAUAUAUGUAUGUAACUUUUGUAGAACUCACGUAUGACGGAACUGUCAAUGAAUUCGAUGAGUACUUGCACAUCAUCAAAAGGACGGUGCGAGAAUGGUAGAUGAUUAGGCCGCGCUACAUGUUCAUCACAUCAUCAACUAAACAAAGUUGUAACUAGAGCAACAACUUGAAUCAAUAUGGUUGAAGGGUUUGUUUAAUUUUCAAUUUGACUCUCUCUUUA